AUGCUGUCCCGCACGGCCUCGGAGGCUUCAUUCAUCCUCGUCGGUCCUGAUGCUGCUGAGGCGCUUGCUGGAUCGCUGAAGAGUGCGGAAAAGGAUCAGCCAGGGUCAUCACAAAGCUAUGCCCAUGACUGGUCUGCGACAGGAACUGGGGGGAUCCUUCUUCCUCACGGGAGGCACUUUAUAGACGCGUUUGGACGGGUAUGCAACCUUAGAGGUGUGAAUCUGUCUGGUUGCAGUAAAACCCCAGUCAACGAUGAUCACGAUCUAUUUCCCGCCCACACGAGUGCUGUUACGUUUGUUGGGAGACCUUUCCCUCUCGAUGAAGCGCAUGAGCACCUGUCUAGACUGCGCAGAUGGGGACUGACGUUCAUCAGAUUUAUUGUUACAUGGGAGGCUGUUGAGCACGCGGGCCCCGGUAUCUACGACACAAACUAUCUAGAAUAUCUACGCAAAGUUCUGUCUCUUCUCCCUAACUAUGGUAUGACUGCAUUCGUCGCGAUGCACCAGGACGUAUGGUCGCGGUACUCAGGCGGGUCGGGCGCCCCUGCGUGGACUUUGGAAGCUGUCGGAUUUGACUUGAUGAACCUGGAAGAAACGGGCGCAGCCUGGCUGGUCGGCGUCAAAGGCGGAGGCCACGUCGAAGUAGAGAGGGGCAUCUGGCCGUGCGGCUAUCAGAAAUUGGCUGCCUCGACCAUGGCAACAUGUUUCUGGGCAGGUGAUACGUUUGCUCCGAAACUCCUGAUCAAGACUGGGGAUGGGUCAGAAGUCCCCGUCCAGCAAUUCUUGCAAAACGCCUUCCUGAAUAUGUGGGAGGUUGUUGCAAGGGCUGUGGGUGACCUACCUGGUGUCCUCGGGUUCGAGAUAAUGAACGAACCCCACAGAGGAUACGUACAGCUACCCUCUCUGCACAAAUUCGAUUACAAUACCGACCUCCAUCUCUCGUAUGUCCCCACUGCAUUUCAAUCCUUCACGCUCGGCGCAGGCCACCCGACGUCCGUUGGGCACUGGACGCGCUCCUUCCCCUUUCCGACACGUCGCACAGGUGAGGGUGUACUCAACCCGAACGGUAAGAAAGCCUGGCGGGAGGACGGGCCGACGCAGGGCAAGUGCCUCUGGGAGAUUCACGGCGUCUGGGGUUGGGACCGGAACAAGAACGAGGGCGUCGUGUUGAGGGAGAAUUACUUCGUCCGGCACCCGAUGACGAAUAAGCCGAUUGAUUGGUAUGAGGACUUCUAUUAUCCAUUCCUCCAGAAAUGGGCGGACCGGGUGAGGAAGUUCACGGGGGACGAGAAGAUGGUUUUUGCCGAGCCUAUACCCAACGAGUUUUGUCCUUCGUCAUGGACCGCGAAACACCGACCCUCUAAUAUGGUCUAUGCGCCUCAUUGGUAUGACUUGAAUGCGCUGUUUACCAAAGCUUUCGGGAACUUCACCGUGAAUGUGCAAGGACUGUCGAGGGGCAUGUUUCCCUUGAAAGCGUUUUACUGGGGACACAAAGGCGCUCGGGAUAACUUUUUUGUGCAGAUCAGGAAUAUCAUAGAGGCUGGGUAUAAAACGCUCGGCGAGAAACCGGUGAUCAUUGGAGAAUGCGGUAUACCCAUGGACAUGAAUAAGGGCGAGGCCUUUGAGACGGAUGACUGGUCUUGGCAACUUAAGAUGAUGGACGCAAUGAUGACUGCGCUGGAGCGCUGUAUGGUCGGAUUCACCCUGUGGAACUAUAACCCGUCGAACACUGACCAGCUGGGCGACGACUGGAACGGCGAGAACUUCUCCUGGUUUAGUCGAUCAAGAGCCCUCCCGGCGUCUUUGCUGUCGUUUGAGCAGACCUCGCCUACCCUCGACAACGGUGGGCGAAUACUGCCUUCCAUCGUGCGACCGUACCCGGCCAAGACCGCCGGCAUUCCUCUGAAGUUCGAGUACGAGAUGAACACGGGCGCGUUCACGUACGAGUGGGCCAAUCCGGACGCGUCCGCCUCCGCCACAAGUAAACCCUCUGUAUUCUCACCCCCGCUUGGAGGACAUCCGAUACUUGCUGCGAUGGAAACCGAGAUCUACGUCCCGUCCUCCCUGGUGCAUGGGAGGAAGCUUGUGGUGGAGGAUCUGAGACCGGAUGACAAGUAUAUCUAUGACGAGGCGAGGCAAACGCUGUUCGUCGUGACGGCGGACGUGAAGCCUGGGGCCAGGCAUCGCCUUGCCGUUUCUCUUAGACCACCCAUACGCCCGACGUUUGAGGUCAAUGAUUUCAUGACCGACUAUGGUGGGCAGGUUAUGGCUGCCGGCGUUGUGGUGUUUGCUUUCUUUGCUUAUCUCUUUGUGUCGCUCUUCCGAUAG